AUGAACCCAGGCGCCCCGGGAGGGGAAGCCGUGGUCCGAGCGCGCAGUCCGUCCUCGCCUGCCCUGGACGUAGCGCGUGGUCCCAUCCCCGUGAUCCGGACCCGUCCCCGGAGGCUCCCGCGGCGUCAGGAGAGGGAAUCAAGGGGGGGGAGGAGGACCGCGCCGCCCACUGGGCUGCCCCCUCACAGACCAAAACUGGCCCUCCCUUCAGGGACCCCGCCCCCCACGCCUCCACGCACCACGCGCGCCCGGGGCCUCCUCCGCCUCCCUCACCACUCGCUGCCCGGCUUGAUAUUUAUUGAAACCCACUCCCCAGCCCGCUGCACCAGCCGGACGCCGGGGUUCCCCCGAGUGGCGGUGGCUGAGCUGUCCCGUGCCCGACCCCUUCUCUAUUUAUGCACUGAGAGCCCGACCUUCCCCCCCCCCGCCCCCCGGCCUGGUCCUUACACCCAUCCGCCAUCCCACGCGCAGUCCGAGUGGGAGGUGUGGGGCCUAGGGCGGGCGGGGUCUAGGUCUCAGCCGGGAAGGGGGACGGGGAGCCCGCAGCGGUCCAGCCUGCGGUUACGGCUCCCCCGGAGGCGGGGGGGGGGGGGGCGGAGAGCAUUUGGAGACUGGAUUGGGCUCCCGGAGAGCAAAGGGUUAAGGGCGGGAGUUGCUCCGCGCAGGCGCCACUGCGCUCCCAAACCGGUACUUGUCCACGGCGCCCAGGGCGCGGCCGCGGGCGGGGGCGGGCUCGGGGUGUCGGCCGAGCAGGUGUCGUGCGUGUGCGAGGCCCUGCUGCAGGCGGGCCACGCGGGCCGCCUGGGCCGCUUCCUGGGCGCGCUGCCGCCCGCCGAGCGCCUACGUGGCGGCAGCGACGCCCUGCUGCGCGCCCGGGCGCUCGUGGCCUUCCAGCGCGGGGACUUCGCCGAGCUGUACCGGCUGCUGGAGAGCCGGCCCUUCCCCGCGGCGCACCACGCCUUCCUGCAGGACCUCUACCUGCGCGCCCGCUACCGCGAGGCCGAGCGCGCCCGGGGCCGCGCGCUGGGCGCCGUGGACAAGUACCGGCUGCGCAAGAAGUUCCCGCUGCCCAAGACCAUCUGGGACGGCGAGGAGACGGUGUACUGCUUCAAGGAGCGCUCGCGGGCCGCGCUCAAGGCCUGCUACCGCGGCAACCGCUACCCCGCGCCCGACGAGAAGCGCCGCCUCGCCGCGCUCACCGGCCUCUCGCUCACGCAGGUCAGCAACUGGUUCAAGAACCGACGGCAGCGCGACCGGACGGGCGGCCUGGGCUUGGGCUCGGGCGGCAGCGGGGCUGCAGCUGCGGCCGCGGCGGGGGCGCCCAGCAGGAGUGAGUCAGAUGGGAACCCCAGCACAGAAGAUGAGUCCAGUCAUGGAGCUGAGGAUGUGGACACUGGAGCGGGAGCGGCCCCGGGGAGCACAGAUGUGCCAGCUCCGGGUUCUGUGUUCCUGGCUGGGGCAGCAGCUCCAUCGGGACCCCCGAAUGCCCCAUCUAUCCUGCUCAACGGGGGCUUCUUGACCACGGCUAGCUCCCCGGCUGUGCUGCUGAACGGAGGCUCUCUUAUCAUUAAUGGGCUGGCCCUGGGGGAGGCCCCAGGCCUGGCCCCGCUCUUGCUCACUGGGGCUGCUGGAGGAGGGGGCCCACCACCCUCCAGCCCACAGGCCCAGGCUCAGCUCCCCUCGCUGCUCCAGGUUCCCCAGCCUGGAGACCUGAAGGCUGAAGAUGCCCAGCCUGAAGACGGGGGCUCCAAAGGGAACCAGGCGGCUGGGGAGGAAGCCACGGCACUGCAGGGGCUGUCCCUCUCCCAAGUGGUCCCAGGCCCCCAGCCAGCGGCGGCCUUCCCUCCUCCUGCAGUGGUGACGCCUGCUGGGCCGGGGCCUCAGGUGGUACCGCUGUCACCCCCAGGUCCGGUAGCUCCCGUGCCAGCCCCCCAGGUGGUCCCCCUAUCUCCAUCAGGCCCUGUGUACCCUGGGGCCUCACCCCUGGUCUCCCUUCCCCAAGUGGUGCCCACAUCCCAGGUGGUGACCCUGCCCCAAGGCGUGGGGUCCCUACAGCUGUUGGCUGGGCCUGCUAGCCCUGUCAAGGUGGCAGCAGCAACAGGAGCCACCCUGGGCCAGGCCAAUGUUCACCUCAUCAACCCAGGAAUGGGGGUCACAGCUUUGCAGUUACCCACGGGCACCCCAGGUAACUUCCUCUUGGCAAACCCGGUUUCCAGCAGCCCUAUUGUGACGGGGAUGACACUUCAGCAGGGCAAGAUCAUCCUGACUGCCACCUUCCCAGCCAGCAUGCUGGUCUCCCAGACCCUGCCACCCACUGCCGCCAGCCUGGCGCUGCCCGUCAAACAGGAAGCGCCGGCUCCUGUGCCUGAGGGACCCGUCCUGGCCACGGUGGCCCCUGGCCCAGCCCUCCCCCCUUUCUCGGCCCAGCCCCAGGUGCCUGUGGCCCCGGUGGCAGCCGGCCCGGCCUUCUCCCCGGACUCCUCUGGCCUCCUGACCAGCGUCCCCAUCCCCGCUGUCCCUUCUUGGCCCGGGGGGCUGGAGUUGGGGGUGGGAACUGAGGGGCUCUUUGAGAUGGAGAAAGGGCUAGGAACGGCUGCCCCGCACGCCCUCCUGAGGCUGCCUGAUGGAGACGGCCUUCUGCUGGGGGGCACGGGGGCUGAGGAGGGCGAUGAGCUGGAGCCUGAGGACAAGGUCUUGACCCAGCUGCAGUCAGUACCUGUGGAGGAGCCCCUGGAGCUGUGACCGGACCUAGACCUCUGUGCUCUUCUCCCUUACUUCACUCCCCAAAUGAGGUGCUCUGGAGACUGCAGCGUCCGUCCUUCUUCACGGGGCCAAAGGGGAACGAGUUGGGGGUCCUGUGCCUACCACAAAUGCUACUGUCUUCCCAAUCAUAACACUAAUUCACCCCACCCCUUGGGGUCGGAGGCCCCCCUAGGCCCCUCUCCUUCUGGGGGACCCUCAGUUCCCCUGGGAGUGGAGGCUUCAGCUUGUUACAGCCCCCGCCUGCCUGGAGCCAUUCCUGGGGGGACUGAGGGGUGGCCACACCCCCAUCCCUGUCAAAUCCGGUACUGGCUAUGAAUUGUCUGUGGAAAAACACUAUGGCCCUUGGGCCCACCCCUCCCGAGCACCCUGCCCUGACCUGCAAAUGGCUGUUAAUCUCAGAGGUCCCAGACGGGGGUGUGGGGGUGUGUGAUGGCCCAGGGCCCCACCACUACGUGCACACGUCUCCCAAGUAGCCGACAGUGUCUGGGUGGUGGCAGUGAGGGCCCCACAAUCCCUCCUUAACCCCAGACCAAAGAUCCUUCCUCCCGAGAGGGGGUGACCUUCCUGACCUUGGUUUGUACCUUCCCAAAUCUUUAUAUUUUUCUAGGACAUGUUACUGCCUCAAUUUCAAUAAACCAGACCCAGAAAUGCA